UCUUCAUGCCAUUUUUCCUCCUUAAGAGGUGAGCCACUCAAGGGUAUUAUUGGCUGCCUCCCCUUUAAGGGGUCUUCACCCCCCCCCCCAAUAUCUUCACUCAGGGUUAUUGUCCCGUCUUCAAGGGGGGGUGCGUUUCUUCUCCCUGUCCAGAUGUCUUAAUCUCUCGCCCCAUUUCAGAGGGUCUUUAAUUGCCCGUUUUCUCUGCCCGCAACAUUGCAUUGCAACCGAACCCCCCCCCCCCCUUAAUCCUCUGGCCUGACUCUCCAUGGAGAAAGGAUUGGCCCUCUCUUUUCAAAGAGCUCGUAUUAUUGUUUUAACCUUCUUCCAGCAACAUCGUUUCCCCACUGGGGGGGAUUCAUUGCAAAUAAAGGGAGCUGGCCUAGCCCUAACGCUCUUUUAAAAGAUAACCCCCCUUUGAACCAUCUUAACCCCUUCCUCCCCUGGAAAAGGUGCUAUUAUAGCUCCCCUCCACCCCUUUGAAUGCCAGGUAGCCUUAAGAAUCCCCAUGUACCGCCAUUGCCUGGUGACCUCCUUUAGUGCAAGCCUUUUGCCUUUAAGAAUCAUCAUCGUAAUAAUUGCUGUCCUUAUUCAUAAAGCCCCGGAAGGUCCCUUCCACGCCGGCUUUCUUCUGCCGCUAGCUCUGCCCCCUUCCCCCUCCAAAGGAAGCCUGACCCCCCCACACGCACACCUCAGUCCACCUGCCUGCCUCCCUUUCCCCAUGCCAGGAAAAGCUAGCAGCCUUUGGGAAGCCGGAGCAGUCAGCCAGUAUCCCCCGACCCCCUUUGCCUGGGGGGGCGGCUUGCACCUCCCUGAGCCUCAUGAUGGCAGCUGCCCCCCCUCCAUCUUCCCUUGGGAGCAGUCAGGAAAGAGAGGCAAGGAGUCCCCCUGCCCUGCACCCCGUUGUUCUUCCCAUCCACCGGGCUGGGUGCUGAUGUGAGCUUGGCUUAGCUUCCUCUGGUUAGCCCCCCUUUCUCCUUUAUUCUCACCCCCCCCUCCUCCUGGAUUUUAAGGGCUUCAUGCCCCCUGGGGAUGAUGGAGGUGGUGGGGGAUUUUGAAUACAGCAAGAAGGACCUGAUAGGACAUGGAGCCUUUGCUGUGGUCUUCAAAGGUCGUCACCGCAAGAAAACUGACUGGGAAGUGGCUAUUAAAAGCAUUAACAAAAAGAACUUGUCAAAGUCUCAGAUCCUGCUUGGGAAAGAGAUAAAAAUUUUAAAGGAACUUCAACAUGAGAAUAUCGUCGCUCUCUAUGAUGUCCAGGAGAUGCCCAACUCUGUCUUCCUGGUAAUGGAGUAUUGCAACGGUGGAGACUUGGCAGAUUACUUGCAAGCAAAGGGAACCCUGAGUGAGGACACCAUCCGGGUGUUCCUCCAGCAGAUUGCUGCAGCCAUGCGCAUCCUCCACAGCAAAGGGAUCAUUCACAGGGACCUCAAACCGCAGAACAUCCUUCUGUCGUACACUAGCCGCAGGAAGUCGAGCAUCAGCAGCAUCCGUGUCAAGAUAGCUGACUUCGGGUUUGCUCGUUAUCUGCAGAGCAAUAUGAUGGCUGCCACCCUUUGUGGGUCCCCUAUGUAUAUGGCUCCCGAGGUGAUUAUGUCACAGCACUAUGAUGCUAAAGCCGACCUGUGGAGUAUAGGAACGGUGAUCUAUCAGUGCCUGGUUGGAAAACCACCUUUCCAGGCCAACAGCCCUCAAGAUUUAAGAAUGUUUUAUGAAAAGAAUAGGAAUCUGAUCCCGAGUAUUCCCAGGGAGACGUCUGCUUACUUGGCUGACCUGUUGCUGGGCUUGCUUCAGAGAAACCAGAAAGACAGAAUGGACUUUGAUGCGUUCUUCGGCCACCCCUUCCUCGAUCAGGUUUCGACUGUCAAAAAAUCUUGCCCUGUGCCCGUACCGACGUACACCGGCUCUGUUUCCGGUAGUUCCUGUAGCAGUUCUCCCUCGUGCCGGUUUGCUUCACCCCCAUCACUCCCAGAUAUGCAGCACAUCCAGGAAGACAACCUGUCUUCGCCUCCCUUGGGGCCUCCAAACUACCUUCAGGUCUCCAAAGAUUCUGCCAGCACCAGUAGCAAGAACUCCUCUUGUGACACAGACGACUUUGUCCUGGUCCCGCACAACAUCGCCCCCGACCAAUCAUAUGAUAUGCCUCUGGCAGCUGUCGGCAGGCGGGCCUCGAGUGAAUUCUUAAUGUGUGGAGGGCAGUGCCAGCCCCCGGUCUCCCCCCGCAGCGAGACGGCGCCCAUCCCGGUUCCCACCCAGCUGCGCAAUUACCAGCGCAUCGAGCAGAACCUGACCUCUGCCGCCAGCCCCGUCUCAAAUCCUCACGGGUCACCAAGCGUGACUGGAAGCUCUGCAGUUGGCACCAUACCGGAGCAACUUGGACACUGCUGCUGUGGACAGCCGCAAGGACACGAAGCCAGGAGCCGGAACUCCUCAGGCUCCCCGGCCCCACAGUCUCAGUCUCCACAGUCCCUCCUGCUAGGAGCCCGGCUGCAGAGCACACCAACCCUGACGGACAUUUACCAAAACAAGCAGAAGCUUCGGAAGCAGCACUCGGACCCCGUCUGCCCAUCGUACGCCGGCUACAGCCACUCCCCGCAGCCCACCCGGCCAGUCAGCCUGGGGACAUCGCCCACCAAGCACAUGGGCUCCUCGCCCCGGAGCUCCGACUGGCUCUUCAAGACCCCCCUGCCCACUAUCAUCGGCUCUCCCACAAAGGCAACUGCACCUUUCAAGAUCCCAAAAACCCAAGCCUCCUCAAACUUGGUGGGCCUGGUCAGCCGGCAGGGGUCCGCAGCAGACGCCCCGUUGCAGCAGCUGAAGGACGCGAGUGAGAUGCGGGACUUCUCUCAUUUCCACUUGACCCCAGGAACCGAGAGGCAGGCAGCAGAACAGCACGGCAAGGCUCUCUUCGGCAGAUCCGUAAGCACCGGCAAGCUGUCCGAUCAGCAAGCGAAGACUGUUCUCGGCGGCCAGCUCUACCAGGGCAGCACAGACAGCCUUAAUACUGAACGGCCGAUGGACACAGCUCCUCCGGGGGCCUGUGGCCUCGCAGCAGUGACUCCUUCCAUGGGGGCCGGGACCUGCUCAAGAGCCGUGAUGUUCACCGUGGGAUCCCCUCCAAACAGCUCCACUCCUCCCACCUGCACCCACAUGGUCCUCAGAGCCAGGACGACGUCAGUUGGCUCCAACAGUUCUGGAGGGUCUCUCUGUUCGACCAGCGGCCGCAUCCACAUGGGGUCUCCACCUGGGGCCUAUAUGGGCUCAUCUCCUCCUGGACCAGAGGCAGCUCCGUGCCUGAAGUACAUGCCUUAUGGCACUUCGCCACCCAGUUUAGAGGGCUUUAUCACGUUCGAAGCCCCCGAGCUACCGGAAGAAACUUUGAUGGAGAGAGAGCACACGGAUACCCUGCGCCACCUGAACUUGAUGCUGGACUUCACGGAGUGCGUGCUGGACCUGACCGCCAUCCGGGGAGGGAACCCAGAGCUGUGCUCCUCCGCCGUCUCUCUGUACCAGAUCCAGGAGAGUGUGGUCGUUGAUCAGAUAAGCCAGCUGAGCAAGGACUGGGGGCAAGUGGAACAGCUGGUGCUGUACAUGAAAGCGGCACAGUUGCUGGCAUCCUCCUUGCAUCUGGCGAAAGCUCAGAUCAAAUCAGCAAAACUGAAUUUGUCCACUGCCGUGAAGCAAGUGGUCAAAAAUCUGAACGAGAGGUACAAAUUCUGCAUUGUCAUGUGCAAGAAGCUGACAGAGAAGCUGAACCGGUUCUUCUCGGACAAGCAGCGGUUCAUCGAUGAAAUCAACAGCGUCACGGCCGAGAAGCUCAUCUACAGUUGCGCAGUGGAGAUGGUACAGGCCGCAGCCCUGGAUGAGAUGUUUCAGCAGACAGAAGAUAUCGCAUAUCGAUACCACAAGGCGGCCCUGCUGCUUGAAGGCCUAGCAAAAAUUUUGCAGGACCCGGCCGAUAUAGAAAACAUCAAUAAAUAUAAGUCCAGUAUCGAACGGAGGCUCUCUGCCCUUUGCUGCAGCGCAGUGGCCGUUUACGAACAGUAGGCGCCGCAUCCAGGACCACUUGGGGACGUUUCACUUCAGCCCAAUGGCCAGCCAGGGUUCUACCCAAAUGGUUUGACUACCAAAGAAAAAACGCAGAUAAUUCAGAGAAGGGAAGACAUUCAAAACAGCUUUGCAGGAGGCUCGUCUCAUGACCGAUCCGGCCCCCCCCCUCCCUUCUCUUUUGCCGAGGAACCCGAUUUUAAAAGACUCGUCUUCACAGAUUCAACAAACCUUCCUUUGUGAACGUUCAGCUGGGGCUUGUGUUUGUCUUCAGAAGAAGAAGACACAAAGAGCCGCUUUCUUCUUCUGCGAGGUGUUUCCUCUUUGGAAAGGAUCCCUUUUUUUGGAGAGAUGGGAAAAUGUCGUUGACUUCAAACCUGUGUGUUUGGGAAGCUUUGGGGGGCUCAUCUCGAUUCAAAUUUGAGCUCGUGUCUUCUAAAUGCCACUGGAGACGCCAUCGAGGACAGGAGGAAACGGCGCCUUCUCAGAAAAGACGGGGGAGUUAUGGACCUGGGGACUUCUCGUGCGUUUUUGCUGUGGUAUGUUGAGAAUCCCUGCAACUAAUCUUAGCAGUUACUAUGGAUAUACACCCGUGACGUUUCCUUCUUGACUUCUCCAUUCCCUGUCGUCCCCCAGAACAGUUUGUAUUGCACUAAUUUACUAAAGAAACUCAUCUGUUUGUGAGGAAUUAUUAAUUUAAACAAGAAAAGGCACAACUCGGGGGGGGGAGGCGGUAUUUCACUAUACAUUAAAGACACACCCGACAGCAGCAGCAAAAGAGAGAACCAAACCUUUUCCGCAAUGAUGACCUGCAGCAACUUGGAAGACUUUCAGGCAAAGAAUGCCUUCCCGCGGACCUUCCGGUUUGAUACCAGUUUAUGUGAUAUUUCAGUAACUUUGCCGCUGUAUGGACCCUCUCGAUCACAUUCAGAAGUGGACGGGGGCCUCCCGUCUCCCCCUCCCCCCGGGAUAGAGGUUUGGUUCCUUCGUUCUGUUUGUCAGACCAGUUUCUCACCUCUUGGUUUUUUCCAUUCUGUGUUAGAAAGACAGUGUUGGACCUUUCCUUACAGAGCCUCUUGGAGGCCCAAGGUUUAGAAGUUUUGAUGUUGUGGCGUGGACCUUUUUUCUUACAAAUAGCAAAGUGUCCAGAAAAAAUCAGGGUGGUUUUUCCGUGCCGUGUACAAGGAGAUUCAGGAAGCUGCUCCUUUCUGGCUCCUUUUAGCUUUUCAUUUCUUCCGGCCAUCCCUUCCGAUGGCGUAGCAACUCUUGAAGUAUUUUUGGCAACUUUUGUUUCUCUGGAAAUUCUCUCUCUUUAAUUUUGAGAGAUUUUUUCCCUUUUAAUUCAUCAUAACUCAGCUGCUCAAACACUUGAAUACACAGCAUUCUUCAGAAUGAAAUCAUUUUGUACCUUCUUUUUGCCAGCCAGACCUCCUCUGCAGAGGGCGGUCACGGACAUCGAAGCUCCGUUGGAUUUUAUGGACUGAUACGAACCCUGGUUCUCCCCCCACCUCCCCACCCCCGUUUUUUGCUUUGACGAAGUAAUGUACUUUUUACCUUAUUUAUCUGUACAAGAAAUUCCAGCAGUUAAUUUGAAAAGUGUUUUUAUUUAUAUGAUGUUUGUAUUUUGAGGUCUUUAAUACAGUGUUUCUACUACCUCUCCUUUGUAACUGCAUGCGUUUAUUCAUGACCCAUAGUAUAAUAACUGAAAAAAGAAUCCUGUUGCAUAAUUUUUACUAUGGCCCUGUAUAAAUGUAUAUUAUGAGAAAAGAAUAA